GGCUUAGUUUCCUUCAUUUCCUGUAAGAUUUGAGGCGAGCGGCUCCUCGCAGAAUGUAACUCUAUCGUUUUAACUCUUAGUUGUCAGAUUCACCUAAGUGGUGAAUUGCUUAUUGUCAAUUUCCUUCGCUGAAAACUGUAGGGGAGCUGCUCGAGAAUAACUCCUGUUAAUACUGAAGGGAAUUUCGAACAAGAUAAAUGGUUGGCAAUCUCUUCUCCAUAAGGUGGCUAAACCUAGUGGCGGCAAAUUUGAAAAAAAUGUCAUCAAAUACAAAGGAUGGUGUCCUCCAAGACAAGCGUAGCAAGAUCAUGGCUAGAGGGCUUCCGAAGCAAAAGCCGAUUGAAGGAGUUAAGCAAGUGCUGCUUGUAGCUUCUGGUAAAGGGGGCGUAGGAAAGUCCACAACUGCUGUAAAUGUAGCCCUUGGAUUGUCAACAAAUGAACCGAAAAAAGCAGUUGGAUUGCUUGAUGCAGAUGUAUAUGGGCCGUCCAUACCAAAAAUGAUGAAUCUGAAAGGAAAUCCAGAAGUGACAUCAAAAAACCUAAUGAGACCUCUUGUGAACUAUGGAAUUUCAUGUAUGUCUAUGGGUUUCUUGGUGGAAGAGACUGCACCAAUUGUCUGGAGAGGACUCAUGGUAAUGUCAGCUAUAGAGAAAUUACUGAGACAGGUUGACUGGCACCAACUGGAUUACUUGGUAAUUGACAUGCCACCAGGGACAGGAGAUAUUCAGCUGUCAAUCUCACAGAAUAUUCCAAUUGCAGGGGCUGUAAUUGUGUCCACUCCACAGGAUAUAGCUUUAUUGGAUGCACAUAAAGGAGCUGAGAUGUUCAGAAAAGUGAAUGUCCCAGUAUUGGGCCUUAUACAGAACAUGAGCGUUUUUCAAUGUCCAAAAUGCAAACAUGAAACACAUAUUUUUGGAGCUGAUGGUGUGAAGAAAUUAGCCAAGACUAUUGGUAUAGAUGUUUUAGGUGACAUUCCACUACAUGUCCACAUAAGAGAAACAUCUGAUUCUGGCAAACCUAUUGUCAUUUCACAGCCCCAGAGCAAUGUGGCUCAAGCCUAUUUGAAGAUUGCUGCUGAAAUAGUGAAAAGACUGUCACUUUUACCAAUUUGAAGUCAUCAUUUUGAAGGGCUGCACUUCGAAUUUUAUGAUUGAGAUGUGACUUAAAAUAUAACAAAAUAAAUAACAAAUAUUUUA